CUUCCAUACUGUGGCCCGUUUUAUCCGAUUGUGAAGUGACAAGACGUGUCAUUGGUCCGCGAGGCAUAACGUGAAAAUAAUCAUAGCGACCAAAAAUAUUCCGAAAAAUACUACGACGCACGUAGAAUUUGAUUCAAUGAUAAAAAUAAACAUAUUUGUUUAAUAUGUGCGAUGUGAAGUAUAUAUUGAACAAAGUGAAGUAGUGAUCGAAGAUGAAUAAAAUGUUUAAAAUCAGUGUUGUUCUAUCUUUGCAUUUAUCAAAGUGGGCUUGAGUCCUUAUCUCUGUUGGCGUCCUCUUGUUUUUUAUGGUUCAAGUUCACGAUGGCAACAGUCGAAGAGGCAGUUAAAGUGUCGGUAGUGAUCGACCGUACACCUAAUAUAAUAAGAUGUUCAAGUACAUUCACGGCUGAAGAAUUAUGUAUAAUUUUAUGUAAGAAAUAUAACAUACCUCCCCUUACGCGGACAUUGUUUGCGUUACGAGUUAGAGGUACUGAUUACUUCCUUAAAGAUAAUUUUAAAGUCCUCUCCAGCUCUCGGGAUUACGAAUUAAGGAUCCGCUUCAAGGUACCUCGGUUGGGAUUGCUUAUAACUUUAGAUGAGACAACAUAUGAUUACUAUUUCCAACAAGCCAGAAAUGAUGUUAAUGAAAAUAAGAUACCUGAAAUCAAAUAUUCUGAACACAAACAUGAACUUUUAGGCCUUGGAAUCACUGAUAUGACACGUGCAAUAGCUGAAGAAAAACUGCAACUCAAUGAUGUAGUGAGAAAUUAUAAAAAAUAUGUGCCCAAAGAGAUUGUGAGAAGACACGGUCCCGUUCCAAAGAAAUAUGCUCAUGCAUGCCUUCCACAACUGUGUGCCGUUGGACACAAUGUGAAUUACGUGAAGAAUUUAUACCUGCAGCAGUUGUACGGUUUGGCGCCAAAUUAUUUGGCGGAAGAAUUCGAUAAUGUUUUUUGGCAGAAUGGUGGUGACGUGAUACCCGUUAGAGUAAUGGUGACGCCCUUCCAUCCGCAUCAACCUGGUAUAAGACUGUACAAUACUUUAAAAAGAGAGUGGUUUCAUGCGUGCACAAUAGAAGAAUUAAUUUAUUUGACAAGGAAUGGCGAUAACUCUUUGGAGUUGUCCAGAAGGGGUACACCGAUAUUUCUCAAGUUUAAAACGGAGGAGCAGAUAUCUUCUUUUAUAUCUGUUUGUGACGGAUAUUAUAGGUUAAUGGUAAAAUGGACGUUUAAUCUUUCGAAAGACGACGAGACACCGUCAUUGAAGGAUUUACAACGCAUAAAAUGUCACGGUCCAGUUGGCGGGGCAUUUUCAUACAGAAAACUUGAAGAGAAACGUGGAAAAAAACAUGGUUGUUAUAUAUUGAGGCAAUGUCAGGACGAGUACAACGUGUAUUAUUUGGACGUUUGCACCAAAAAUAGCACAACGGAAACAUACAGAAUAGAGUUUAAAGGACAUUGUUAUAUAUUUAAUUCGGAAGAAUACUCUAGCAUCGGAAGACUGAUCGAGUGUCACCUGAAUCCUGAAGGCAGGAUAUUUCUAAACGAGUGUAUACCUCCAUCGGAAUAUGACAAAUCCCAGUUGCUGCUAUGCGGGGAACCGAUGAAGAGAGGUGUCCGUAUCGAUCAGGCGGAGUUACAAGAAAUACUUAAGGAUAAUAAGAGUCCUAGAUGUCUGCCCAAUAAGGAUAUAUUGCUGUAUACAGGUUCUGAGAAAGUUGGUUCGGAAAAUAUAUCGGCAACAUACAAAGCUCUGUGGAGGCUUGAUGAAACCAAGAAGCUUUUGGUUGCGUUCAAAACUUUGCAGAGAGAAAAAGCGAACGACUAUCUGAAGGACUUCGUCGACUUGGCAAGCAAGUGGGCAUGUAUACAGUCCAGUUCAAUAGUUCGGUUGUACGGCGUGACGCUCAGCUCGCCCACGGCCAUGGUGUUAGAAUAUCUGCCGUACGGACCUUUCGAUGAAUAUCUGAGAGAGCACGGGUCGCGCGUGAAGCCGCUGCAGCUGAAGAAGGUGGCGGCGGGGCUGGCGCGCGCGCUGUGGGACCUGUCGGAGGCGGGCGUGGUGCACGGCUACAUCCGCUGCCGCCGCCUGCUGCUGGCCGCCGUGGACGGCGAGCGCAUACAGGUCAAGCUCUCCGGGCCCACGCUGCGCCACUACACGCACACCGACGUGCACUGGAUGCCUGUAGAAUUUUUCUCGGACAUGAACCUGGCGAAACGGUCUGUGAUUGGUGACAUCUGGGCGUUCGCGACCACGCUCUGGGAAGUCUUCUCUUAUGGACAAUCGCCGACGGAAACUAACCCGGUCCUUACGGCCAGAAGCUACGAGAUGGGCGCGCGGCUGCUGUCGCCGGCGCGCUGUCCGGGCGAGGUGUGGGCGCUGGUGACGCAGUGCUGGCAGCCCGACCCGCUGCGCCCGCAGGAGAUCAUGCGCGACAUGAACCACAUGCUGCACAGGGAAUACGUUCCAAUACAUCAUCACUACGAAGAACCAAAAAUAGCGCUUGGUUAUGAUCACCCGGACACAGUUUCAAGUGACCGAUUCAUACCAAGCGAACUGAGUGAUGCGGGGAGCAACAAAUCCCUCAUAUCUGACAACAGCGUUCUAUCAAUGAACGGCACCAUGUCCGACCAAUACGAUAAUCCUUUCGCGGACAACAAAAGCUCGAACUCGUUGGAGAGCAUGAACGCUCUCGCGUACGCGUUGCGCAACGAGAUGUCGUCCGGCCGCAGCAGCAGCCUGGCGGGCGGCGCGGGCGCGCUGGCGGGCGACGACGCGCUCGGCCUCGACGACGCCUGGACCGCGCCGCGGCUCAUGGAGUCCAUCGUGUCGCAGGGCAAGACCUACCUCGUCACCAUCACCAAGAAGAUCGGAAGCGGUAAUUACGGUCACGUGUUCAAAGGUUGGAUGGAGCGUGAUAAUCAAGAAUCUCAAAGGAAAGAAGUGGCUGUGAAAAAACUAACUCGACAAGCUGCUGAGAGAAAUGGCACAUUGUACGAAGACUUUAAAAAUGAAUUAGAAAUUAUGAAGUCUCUACAGCAUAUAAACAUAGUGGAGAUACUUGGUUAUUCGUGGGACCACGGGUCAGACGUACUCAUUGUCAUGGAGUACUUGGAAGAGGGCUCACUUAACUACUAUCUCAAGUUCCAAGGGGACAAGCUGCGGAUCUCACACUUGCUUAAAUACUGCAAGGACAUAGCGACGGGCAUGGAUCACGUGUCAGCCAAAAACAUGGUACAUCGAGACCUCGCGACGAGGAACAUUCUCGUAGUCAACAAAUAUCACGUGAAGAUAUCGGACUUUGGACUUGCCAGGAUCAUACCCAAAGAGGAGAGCGCUUACAGACUGAAGACAGAGAGGUUGCUGCCUAUUAACUGGUAUGCGCCGGAGUCGGCUGUGGAGCCGUGGCAUUUCUCUACGAAGAGCGAUGUGUGGUCGUACGGUGUGACGGCGUGGGAGAUAUUCACGCGCGCCAGACAGGAGGUGCCCAAAUUCGACGUCGAGAGGCCCAGGGAACGCGCCUCCUGUUUCCAAAUACCAGACGGCUGUCCAUCAGAGAUAUUCAGGCACUUGAUGAAAGACUGUUGGCAUCUAGACCCGAACCUGCGGCCCAAGUUCAUAGACCUCAUCCACACAUGCAAGAGGUUCAUGGCAGAGUAUAAAUAAUUAGAUUUCGCUUCACGCAUUGGUGUAAAAUCAAAUAUUUGAGCGACAAACAGGUAUUUAUAACAACUUGUGUAAACAUUGCCUUGUCAAAAAAGGUUUAAUUCAAUUCGAAAUGUUGCCUGGGCCGUUGUUGAUAUAAAAAAUAGUGUCUACAAAUAUGGAUACUAAAUUAUAAAGUAUAAUAAAACUUAAGUGUUAUCGAUUUUUUGUAACAUUCGAACACAGAUUUUAAAUGUUGUGUAGCUUUGUUAGUGGAUGUUUGUCUGUUUUAUAGAUGGUUUUAUAUAAUUCGCAAAUUGAAAACAAAUGUGGCAUUGUAAAACAAAAACAGAUUUUUCUUUAUGCCGUCAAAUUUUGUAUAUCAAUAUUGUUAUGAAUUGCAAUUUAUUUUAAUAAUAAUUAUAGUUAUUAAUGCGGUUCUGCAAGGCGUAGUAAUCGUCGCAAAUAUAUUGUAAAUGGAUAAUGCUAUAUUUGUUUUCAAUGUGUAUUAUGUAAAUAAAUUGUAACUGGGAAUUUAUGACUAUAGUUUUUGCAAUGAGGAUCGAAGUUGAAGUUUGGAUUUAUCGAGUCUCGUUUAUUGCAAAUUGUAAACGCAUUUUGCAAAUUUUACUGGAAACGCAAUAAAUUGCGCAAAAUAUGUGAUGUUUAGCAUCUCUAACGAAGCAGACUGUCUCUUUAAUAGAGACUUUGUGAUUAAAAAAUGUGUUAUUAAAUACACGCUACAAAUUGAUUUAUGGUAAUAUAUUCGUAUAUCUAUAUAUUAAAAUUAUGUCGCAAUCAAAUUCAUUACCGUACAAUCCGAAUCUUUAUCAUGUUAAGAAUUUUUCUGUAUAUUUAGUAAAGACCUUUUAUCAAAUGACAUUUAUAAUGCACAAAUGAUUAUAUAGAAUUGUAUGUACACGAUAUGUAAUUGUAUUUGUGGUUCCUCGAAGCAUUUGCCUUAGUUGUCUACCGUUAGUUUUGUUUUGUAAAUAUAUUUUAUUAUAGUGUAUUUUCAAUAAUCAUGCAUCUGAAUCCUGUGGAAUCUGAUUACGUUUAUUCAUUCGUGCAAUGGUGUGGACUGCGCAUGCGCAUUAUUAUUGUUAUUUUUACAUUUUACGCUAUGCUUAUUAUAAUGACGAUAAAAUACUUGCCGAGUAUGUUUUAGAUGUGACUAAUUUAAAGUCAUUUUUUAGAUUAAAUGUAUUUUAUAUUUUGUGAGUGUGUAUACAUUAUGCUAGUCCAACCAUUCUGGGACAAUAGUACUAUGCCCUUUGAAUUACAUAUAGCAUAUGAUGUAAUUACUGUUUAGUCGUCGUAGACACUAGACAUGUCACGAAAGUAAUAUACAAUAUACAUAUCUGCGUAACUUCAUCGUUAAUUUGAUACACGAUAGCUACAGUGUUUAUUAAGCUUGUAAUGUUAGUUACAGAUGGUGAUAUUUAAGUGAGUUUUAGGCUGAUUUUACAUUGAAGUUUCGUCAGCGUGCGUAUUUGUCGAAUGUGCGCAUACGCACGCUCGAAACGCCAGUGGAGUAUAGGCUUUUAACAGACACAAUUUUAUGUCGAUUAGCACAGUCAAUUGUUUUUACUAAAGUAAAUAUUUUCAAUUAACUUCUUUAUGUUUCAAGUCGAACAGAAUAAUCAGUUAACGCAUUGUGAAUUGAAAUAAGAUAUUAUGUUGACCUGUUAGUUAAAUCGAGAUUAACAUAUUACAAAAUCGAUGUUGUUUAUUACAGUUAGUGUGCCCUCGGAAUGGUUACUCGCAUUGUUUGGCUACAAAACCAAAGAUGAUAUUAAAUGUUAUUGUAAUAUCCGAACAAUAUGUAUAUUAUAAGAAUUUUAUUAAUUUUCUUAGUUUAUAAGUUUUUUUUGCAAUUUACUGUUGUGACAAAUAAUUUAGAUAUAUUAUAUGUUUUAAAGCUAAUGAAAUGGUAUAAUGAAUCAAUGUAAUUCUAUAGUUAAUUGUUUAUUUAGAUGAUAUUCUGAAAAUAUUUUAUAAAAUUGUUUUAAAAGAAAAUUAAUGUUUAUGAUUGGCAACAUCUCAAUUAAUAUAGGAGGUAAGUUAUGGCAUUGUGAUCACAGAGACUGAGUUAUCGAGAUGUAGCGGUGCUAGGGAAGUAUGGGCCUUAUAUAUCUUGUCUGUUAAGGUUGAUAGUGCAUUGGCGAACAUCGUGGCGAUUUGUGAUUACACACAUGAGUUUUUGCGAUGUAAAUGAUUUCAUUAGGUCUUUGCUAUUUAUAGCUUGACCAGGAAAAUAAAAAACCUGUGGUUGUAUAUGGAACUAGUUUCUUGUACUGACGACAUUAAUUUUAGAACGAAAUUGCAAAAGUGGCGUCCACAUUGCAGGUUGUUUAUUCUCCUGGUUAGGCUGUAAUUGGGGUCAACUAUUAAAUCUUGACGAAGUGUAUACGUUUAAAGAUUAUUAUAAUAACAUCUUUACUUUUUUUAUUAUUUACCAUUCUAGAAACUUUAUAAAUCCAACGAAUCAAUUUUCAUUUUAUUGUUAUCUUUAUGAAAAUAUAUUUAAUCUUUUGUAAUUUACCCACUCGGUAUUUUUUUUAUUUCAGUAGGUUUUAAAUUAUUUUGUAUAUACCUAUAAUUUGAAACGCAAGACCUUUCAAUGUGAUCAUUUGCAUUGUUUUGUGAAGUAAUAGCACUGCUCAUUAAAUUGCUUGUAAAUCAAUGUAUGCGCAAAUUGCGUCCUAUGAGGACAUUAGAGAACAAAUAACAGAUAAUAUAAUUAAAUAAACAAAAGCAUAUAGCAAACGACGACAAUAAAUAUAGAGUUGGUGGAACUACAUGACGCAGCAACGAAUUUAAUAUUUUAGUGUAGUGUGUCCAUGUUAAUGAGAACAUCACGGAUUACACGAUUGUUUGAAAAUAUACAAUACAUUUAUCACUUACCGAUUGUAUUGGCUUUGUGGGUUUUGGACAGACCGUUGUGAUGUAGACGGGGGCGUAGUCGAGGCACGUAGUUGGGGGUCUGGACCCCUAAGUGGUUAUGCUUGUUUAGAUUUUGUCCAUUUCGGCGUAGCUGAAGUUAUUGAGAAAUUUAUAUUUUGUUAACGGGCUACGCUUGAAUGCCUAAACAUAAAAGCCUUUUGAUUUUUCACGCUUAUUUCAUAUAAAAAAUAUACAUCCUCGUUAUAUCUCCGUAGAACGUCUAAUAGUUCCAGGGUUUACUUUACACAAUUUAUUAAAUAUAAAUUAAAUUCCGAUUUUAUUUUUCAUAAAGCGUAGUUACAUUGAUAUGACAGGUGCAAUUUAGUUUCUUUUUACUUUUAACUAUUGAAAAACCACUGGAUAUUACAACUCUUCCAGAAAUGGGAAUAUAUAUUUGAUAAAAAAAGAUAUUCAUUUUGAAUGUUAUAAUAUAAAUACCUACUUUAAUAAAUCACAUUUAGAUGUUCGUUUAAAUAUUGCACAAUUUGAUGUUCUUCAUAAUUAUUCGCUAAUAAGUUGGAAAAAAAUACCUCGACUCCUUAGCUAGUCGAUUUUUAAUUAGUAAUUGUUUGUGGUGCAUUUUAUUGUAUGUGCCCUCAAAUCUUGUGUGUGUGAAUCAACUGAUUUGGUUUGGCUAAAUUCGUGUUAUUGUGAUGACUUUUACCACGCAACGAUUAAACUGUUUGAAAUUUGUUAUAAAAAAUAUAUUGUGAAACAGGCAUAGAUUGAGAUCGUGGUUCGGGGGUUUAGUGCCACAAAAUGUUGCGAUAUUGUAUGUUCUUAGUUAAUUAAUCGGAGAUCAAUUUUCAAUUCAGACAUGAAUGAAACGAAAGUAGAUUAACUUCUAAAUCUUAUAUUUAUUAUUCUCGUAACACUUGCUCCAAAUCGAAAACCAGGUCGUUUGCUUGUAAUGUUGCUGUAAAUAUAAGUUACAUUGUGAUGUAAGUGGAUUUUCAAUAUUUUAAGACUGGUCUGAUGUUCGAGCAAUGUAAAUUAUGAUGCAAUGAAAUUUUACUCUACAAUUAUUAUUUUGUGUUGUUGAUUUAUUUGUGCGCAAGCAGGCCGUUUGGGUGUGUGUGUAAUUGUCUUAUUGACUGAUGGCCCGUAAGGCCGUGUUGAUUCGAUUUAAUAAGAUUUACAGGCAGUUAUUGUGAUAAAUAUUCACGAGAAUAUUUUCAUCCUGUGUACGUAUAUAUUGUUGGAGUUCGCACGGAAUUGCUAGUCAUCUGUAUUUGUGCCAGUUUUGAACCUUUUGUCAUUGGUCUAUGUCCCCCCUCACCCCAAAACGCUAUAAAUGUUAGGAGGUGACUAGCACUUCCGCGCGAGCCGAAGUACACGUUUAUGGAAUAUUUUAUAGAAAGGUAAGACUACGAACGUACAACGAACUUCAUAUGAUUGGUAUAUAUUUUACUUAGGCUGUAAGGCGUUAUGUUUUGCAUUGUUCGAAAUAACGCCACGUCGAUGUUAUUUGCCAUGAAAUUUGAAAUAAAUUAUUAUUGGUACGUGA